UCGGAGGGACACACUACGGCAUAUAUGCAAGGGCUCGAAUCGCCAUUGAAGGUACUUGCUGUCUGUAUAUUCUCUCUCUAGCGCCCUCGCUCUCUCUCUCGCUUGCUGAUCCAGUUGCUGAAUCCAUGACUAUGAUGACUCCUCCGCCAUUGGAACAGGAGGACGAGGAGAUGCUGGUCCCACAUUCGGAUUUGGUCGUCGAAGGCCCUCAGCCAAUGGAAGUUGUGGCGCAAGUCGAUCCUGGUAGCACGGCGGAGAAUCAGACGGUGGAGGAUCCUCCAUCCAUGAAGUUCACUUGGACCAUCGAGAACUUCUCUAGGUUGAACACCCGGAAGCAUUACUCGGAUGUUUUUGCCGUUGGCAGUUACAAGUGGCGGAUACUUAUUUUCCCCAAGGGAAAUAAUGUGGAUCACUUGUCCAUGUAUCUAGAUGUGGCUGAUUCAGCGGCAUUACCCUAUGGGUGGAGCAGAUAUGCGCUAUUCAGUUUGGCUGUGGUCAACCAGAUCCAUAGCAAAUAUACUUUGAGAAAAGAGACACAGCAUCAGUUCAAUGCAAGAGAGAGUGAUUGGGGUUUCACGUCUUUCAUGUCUCUCAGUGAUCUCUAUGACCCUACGAGAGGUUAUAUGGUAAAUGAUACAGUUGUGGUAGAAGCUGAGGUUGCCGUUCGUAAGGUAUUGGAUUAUUGGUCGUAUGAUUCCAAAAAGGAGACUGGCUAUGUUGGACUUAAGAACCAAGGCGCAACUUGCUAUAUGAACUCUCUUCUACAAACUUUAUUCCACAUCCCUUACUUUAGAAAGGCUGUGUACCAUAUGCCAACCACAGAGAAUGAUUUGCCUACUGCGAGCAUCCCUCUGGCUUUACAGAGUUUAUUCUACAAGCUUCAAUACAAUGAUAGCAGUGUUGCAACGAAACAAUUAACCAAAUCUUUUGGAUGGGACACUUAUGAUUCUUUCAUGCAACACGAUGUCCAAGAACUCAACAGAGUAUUGUGUGAAAAGCUUGAGGACAAAAUGAAGGGAACUGUAGUAGAGGGGACAAUACAACAAUUGUUUGAGGGUCACCAUAUGAACUACAUUGAAUGCAUUAAUGUGGACUACAAAUCAACUAGAAAGGAAUCAUUUUAUGAUCUCCAGCUUGACGUAAAAGGGUGUCGGGAUGUCUAUGCUUCAUUUGACAAGUAUGUUGAAGUGGAACGUCUUGAGGGUGACAAUAAGUACCACGCUGAGGAACAUGGUUUGCAGGAUGCAAAGAAGGGUGUCUUGUUUAUUGACUUUCCCCCAGUCCUUCAACUACAACUAAAGCGGUUUGAGUAUGACUUCAUGCGGGACACAAUGGUGAAGAUAAAUGAUCGCUAUGAGUUUCCUCUUCAACUUGACUUGGACAGAGAGAAUGGCAAAUAUUUGUCACCUGACGCAGAUCGGAGUGUCCGAAACCUUUACACACUUCAUAGCGUCUUGGUUCAUAGUGGUGGGGUCCAUGGUGGACAUUAUUAUGCCUUCAUCAGGCCAACUCUAUCUGAUCAGUGGUUUAAAUUUGAUGAUGAGCGGGUGACAAAAGAAGAUAUAAAAAGGGCCUUAGAAGAACAGUAUGGUGGAGAGGAGGAGUUACCACAGACCAAUCCUGGUUUCAAUAAUACUCCCUUCAAAUUUACCAAGUAUUCAAAUGCUUACAUGCUUGUCUACAUAAGGGAAAGCGAUAAAGACAAAAUAAUAUGCAAUGUCGAUGAGAAGGACAUUGCAGAACAUCUCAGGAUAAGAUUAAAGAAGGAACAAGAAGAGAAGGAAGAUAAGAGAAGAUACAAAGCACAGGCCCAUCUUUAUACUAUGAUAAAGGUUGCAAGAGAGGAGGACCUCGCUGAGCAGAUUGGACGAGAAAUUUAUUUUGAUCUUGUGGAUCAUGACAAAGUUCGCAGUUUUCGUGUACAAAAGCAGUUGCCAUUUACUGCUUUCAAGGAGGAAGUAGCCAAAGAGUUUGGCAUACCAGUGGAGUAUCAGCGGUUUUGGAUAUGGGCAAAGCGGCAAAACCACACUUACCGUCCAAAUCGACCAUUGACAUCCCAGGAGGAAGCACAGCCUGUUGGACAACUGAGGGAAGUCUCAAACAAGUCAUAUAAUGCUGAACUAAAGUUGUUCUUGGAAGUUGAGCUUGGAGCAGAUUUAUGUCCUGCAUCUCCACCUGAGAAGACUAAAGAAGAUAUCUUGCUGUUUUUUAAGCUUUAUAACCCUGAGAAAAGAGAGUUGCGAUAUUUGGGGAGGCUUUUUGUGAAGAGUUAUGGCAAACCGAUUGAAAUUAUAUCCAAACUAAAUGAGAUGGCUGGCUUUGAUCCUGAUGAAGAAAUCGAAUUGUAUGAGGAGAUAAAAUUUGAGCCAGGUGUCAUGUGUGAGCAUCUUGACAAGAGGACUUCGUUCAGAAUGAGUCAGAUUGAGGAUGGAGAUAUCAUUUGCUUCCAGAAAGCUCCAGUUGAAAGUGGAGGAGCUAGAUAUCCUGAUGUUCCUUCAUUUCUGGAAUACGUGCAUAAUCGUCAGAUUGUUCACUUCCGAUCUUUGGAAAGACCAAAGGAGGAUGAUUUUGUUCUAGAGUUGUCAAAACUGCACAACUAUGAUGAGGUGGUGGAGAGAGUGGCCCGACAGGUCGGUUUAGAUGAUCCAUCCAAAAUUCGGCUGACAUCUCAUAAUUGCUACUCUCAACAACCGAAGCCAACGCCAAUUAAGUAUCGCGGCGUAGAGCAUCUGGUGGACAUGCUGGUUCACUACAACCAGACUUCAGAUAUUUUAUAUUAUGAAGUCCUGGACAUACCUCUUCCCGAACUGCAAGGUCUAAAGAACUUGAAAGUUGCCUUCCAUCAUGCAACAAAGGAUGAAGUUGUUAUACACAAUAUUAGGUUGCCCAAACAGAGCACCGUGGGAGAUGUGCUUGACGAACUUAAAAAGAAGGUAGAGUUGUCUCAUCCAGACGCUGAACUUCGACUGCUGGAAGUUUUCUACCAUAAAAUCUAUAAGAUUUUUCCGCCCAGUGAGAAGAUUGAGAACAUAAAUGAUCAGUAUUGGACUUUGCGGGCAGAGGAGAUCCCAGAAGAGGAGAAGAAUCUUGGCCCCAGUGACCGCUUGAUUCAUGUCUAUCACUUCAGGAAAGAAACUGCCCAAAAUCAGACGCAAGUUCAGAACUUUGGCGAUCCCUUUUUCUUGGUGAUACAUGAAGGUGAGACUUUAGGUGAGGUCAAAGUGCGGAUACAAAAGAAGUUGCAGGUUUCAGAUGAGGAGUUCUCAAAGUGGCAUUUUGCUUUCCUGUCCAUGGGCCGCCCGGAGUAUCUUGAUGAUUCUGAAAUCCUAUCGACACGUUUCCAGAGAAGGGAUGUUUAUGGAGGUUGGGAGCAGUACCUUGGGUUAGAGCAUCCGGACAAUGCUCCGAAGAGGUCUUAUACGGUUAAUCAGAACCGCCACACCUAUGAGAAGCCCGUUAGGAUAUACAACUAAGGAGAACAGAUGAUUCUGACUCAAGCCCUCACUGAACAAAAGAUGAUGCCUUUCAAAACCCCAAAUCGAACAAUGCGGUUGAAGUGUAGAGGAAUGACUCGGGCAUCUCAGCAAAAGAAGAUACACACGUCCUGCAGGGUUUAAGGUAUUUGUUGCAUUGAGGCGCCUGAGAGAGAGGAAGAAAGAUGAAUAGGUGAUCGGGUCCAUGGUGGAGUUCCUACUGAUUAUUCGCCUGCCCUGGAGCAUUUUAGAUAUAUACAUAUAUGAGCUCUUCUUUGUUCAUUCAACGAAAGCCUCUACUUUUCUUAUAUCGGCGCUAGUUCCGUUUGCAUAUAGAGAUUCUUUGUCAUUUACAGAGUACCUAGAGACAAUUUUUGGACGAGAAGGGGGGACAUAUAUAGUCCGUUGAAUAUGACAUUUGAUUCUUUCUUUCCGUCCGCACUUUUCUUCCGACUUUUUCAGUUUUUUACUCAUAUAUAAGUGUAACGGGGAUAGAUCUUGUAAAGUUUUCUUCUGUUAUUAGUUGAAGCAUUGACAUUUUUGUUCAUAUAAA